CGACUGCAGGAGGAGCAAGGGGCACAGACUGAAUACAAGAGGAUGUUUGUUGGGUGCAUUAAUAAUGUUGAGUAGGAAGAGAGAAGAAAUAAUGAUGAAAACAGUGAAGUAUUUUCAUUCCUUGGCCCACACAGUUACAGCUGCUCUGCAUCUUGACUGUGACCUUGAAGGUCCCACGGAUUAUAAUAUUUAUGAACAGCUGCCAAUAACACUGUUGCUGUAGUGAUGACAACAGCAUUGGAAAUGAACUUCCCGCGAAUAUAUGAAUCAUCUACAAAACACAAAACUGCUAAAGCGUUAUUUGGCAGCAUCGCGUCGUGCAAACGCCGCAGGAAGCGCAUUUUAAGGACGUUGUGCAAUGUCACGGCAGCGCAUCCCUUCAGUACCAGUGCAGCGCUGUGGAAGGAUGACAGACGCGGAGAGCGGACACUUCAUGCAGGCGGCGUGGGACGCGGUGAAAGGACGCCGGGGCCUCCUGCAGUCGGCGUUCUUCCCGGUGGGCUUCUCUCUGACCGUGUACCUCAGCUGCUGUCUGCCCUACCUGUGUCUGGACUGGCUCUGCCCCAGGGUGGCCCUGCUACGUCGCUUCAAGAUCCUGCCCCACAGCAAAGUGACCCGCGCGCUCGUCUGGCGGUGCUUUUGCAAAAUAGUCUCCAACCACGUCUGCUUGGUUUUCCCGCUGUCCCUCGUCCACUGGUACUGGAACCCGAUCACCCUCCCGCCGCUGGCCCCGGGGGUCCCGUCCGUGGCGGCGGGCGUGCUGGCCUGCCUUCUCCUCUUCGACACGCAGUACUUCUUCUGGCACCUGCUCCACCACAAGGCGCCGUGGCUCUACCACUUCGCCCACAGGGAGCACCACCUCCACACGGCCACCUUCUCCCUGAUGACAGAGGACACGGGCGCGUGGGAGCUGCUGAGCCUCGGCUUCUUCUCCACGCUCAACGCCGCGCUGCUGGGCUGCCAUCCGCUCACCCAGAUGCUGUUCUUCGUGGCCAACAUCUACCUGUCUGUGGAGGCUCACUCGGGCUACGACUUCCCCUGGUCCCCGCACAGACUGGUGCCCUUCGGCCUCUACGGAGGCGCUCGCCACCACAGCCUCCACCACAUCAGCCUCAAGGUGAACUACGCGCCGUACUUCACUCACUGGGACAGACUUCUGGGCACGCUGAGGACGGACGACAUGAACAAACAGAAACGCCUGUAGGAGGAGGUGAUAAUCUGAGUGUCUGGAGGAUGUUUAUCUGUAUUUUCUAUCAAGCAGGUAGAUGUAUUAAAAUUGACAAGGAAUCAAAUCUGCAACAAUGUAUCUAUUUUAGAUCAUUUCUCUUAACAUAAUAAGCAGCAUCUGUCCUUUUUCUUGGUUUUCUACUUCUAGAUUAUUCUAAUGUGCUACAAAUACCUCAUAAUAGAACAAAUUAUUUGUGUGAAAUUGAACCAGAAGGGAUGUUUCUGUAGCAGUAUUAAGGAUGUGUCUGAUUGUCUGUAGAUCUUUCAAGAGUUCAGUUACAAGCGGUGUCUGGGUGCUGUUACAUUACAAAGCAGGGUUCUGUUCUGCACUAUGGGAUGUUAAAGGUGAACGAGGACACAGUGAUACCAGUGUCGCAAUGAUGAGAAAUGAAAGCAGACAUGGUAAUGAGCCCAACUGGAACAAUUGGGCUUAAGUUUGUUUCCUUCCUCACACAUUUUACAUUAGGUCUUUUUAUGGUGAUUUAAAGCGUUUUUAUUUUUCAGAUCCCCAA